UAUAUAGUGGCAGAGUUUUCUACUAUUGAAAAUACUCUUCCUAUUUGAUCAAAAAUUUAUCAAAAAACAAGAAAAAAAGAAAACGAUUAGAGAUGGAUGAAAUGAUCAUGGAAGGGAGUUUAUUAAGAGAGAUUAAGAAGCUGAUUAUCACGACUACGACUACUGAGAAACAAAUCUCUCUUGAACCUCAUUUGGCAUUUUGCUAUUCCAUAUUCAUGAAAGAUAUUCAGACUAUUGUGUUGGGAAAGACUUCUCAGAUUUCCAGUAUUCCGUUUGGAAUAGAAUCUCAGUACUCUAAAAUGAUCUUCGGUAUUAAACAGUAUCUAGGCCUCGACGAGCAUCUAGAUGUUGUUUGCGUUUUGUGGUGUGUUCUCAGGGCACUUGACACAGUUGAGGAUGACACAAACAUACCUUCUGAGUUAAAGGUGUCUAUCCUGGAAGAUUUUCAUCGUCACAUAUAUGAUCGUGAUCUUCCCAUUUCAUGUGGCACCAAACGCCACAAAGUCCUAAUGGACGAAUAUCAUCACGUUUCAAGCGCUCUGUUGGAGCUUCAAAAAGGUUAUCAGAUCUCAAUUGAAAAGAUAGUUAAAAUAAUGGGUGUUGGAAUGGCCAAAUAUAUACUGAAUGAGGUAGAAACGGUUGACGAUUACAACGAGUAUUGUUUCAAGGCUGUUGGAAUUGUUUUUCUGGAAAUGUCAAAACACUUGCACGCCUCCAAUUUGGAGGAUCCGACUUCGGACCACUCCCAUUCCUUGGGUACAAUGAUUCAGAAAUUACAUAUUAUUGAAGACUUUUUCGACGAUAUGAAUGAGAUACCAAAAGGACGCAUAUACUGGCCUCGCCAAAUUUGGAGUAAAUAUGUUGAUAAACUUGAUGACUUGAUACAUCCGGAAGAACCAGAAAAAGCUUUGUGGUGCUUGAAUGAUAUGGUCACCGACGCAUUAUCACAUGCGGCGGAUUCUCUAGAGUACCUUUCCACUUUGCCGCAUUUUGGCACAUUCAACGUGUAUGCUAUUAUUCAGGUUAUCGCUGUUGGAACACUAAGCUUGUGUUACAACAACAUUGAAGUUUUUAGAGGAGGUGCGAGAAUGAGUCCUGGUCAGUGUGCUAAAGUUGUUCUUGGGAUAAAAACCAUGUCUGGUGUUUAUGAAGCUAUUUAUGAUUUUCUGAGUACGCUGAAGACUAAGAUUGAUAGUAAUGAUCCAAAUGCAACGAAGACACUUAGAUGUGUGAAAGAGAUACAAAAAAUUUGCGGGAAUUCUGGUUUACUGAAUCAAAGCAAUUCGUCCUUGGAUGCGGAAGUAGACGGGAAGAGGUGUCAAGUUCGGCAAGGUGGAAAUUCUUCAAUGGAGGAACAGCAAGUGGACCCAUUUUCUCUUGUUGCUGAUGAACUAUCUCUUAUUGGUAAGCGGUUACGAGAGAUGGUAGUCUCUGUGGAGGCCCCUAAGCUUGCCUCAGCUGCGGGGUACUUCUUUGAGAUCGGUGUAGAGGGAAAGAGGUUUCGUCCCACGAUACUGUUGUUGAUGGCAUCAGCAUUAAAUGUGUCAGUACUACCUGGGUCUCAACCUGACACUGUGACCAAUUUUUCAAAUGAACUUCGGACCAGACAGCAGCGUAUUGCUGAGAUCACCGAGAUGAUCCAUGUGGCAAGUCUUCUUCAUGAUGAUGUCUUAGAUGAUGCCGAAACAAGGCGCGGUGUUCAAUCCCUUAACUUUUCGAUGGGGAAUAAGCUGUCUGUAUUAGCAGGAGAUUUUCUGCUUUCUCGAGCUUGUGUCACCCUUUCUUCUCUAAAUAACCUGGAGGUCAUUUCAUUAAUUUCAGAGGUCAUAGAACAUCUUGUAACUGGUGAAACAAUGCAAAUGUCCAGUACGUUAGAACAACGUUGUGACAUGGAUCAUUAUAUGCGAAAGACGUACUACAAGACCGCAUCACUGAUAGCAAAUAGCUGCAGAACAAUCGCUAUUCUGGCAGGCCAGACUUCUGAAGCUGAAAUAUUGGCUUAUAAUUAUGGCAAACAUCUUGGGUUGGCAUAUCAGUUGAUUGAUGAUGUUCUAGAUUUCACAGGGACAUCAACUUCCCUUGGAAAAGGUUCUCUCUCGGACAUCCGCCAUGGGAUUAUAACAGCUCCAAUAUUGUUUGCCAUUGAAGAAUACCCAGAAUUACAAAAAGUUAUUAAUCGAGGCUUCAACGACCCCAGAGAUGUCGAUCUUUCCCUUGAAUACCUUGGGAAGAGUCUUGGUAUACAAAGAGCUAUUGAGCUAGCAACAGAACAUGCCAACCUUGCAGCCUCAGCUAUCAAUUCUCUUCCUCAAAGUGGUGAUGAUAAAGUCGGAAUAUCCAGACGGGCACUUGUGGACCUCACUCAUAUCAUCAUCACAAGAACAAAUUAGUAGAGGGCCACUCGAGUGUCGGGAUCAAUUCCUCGACCAUGCCUGGUUACUCUUGUUUGUUGCCCUUUUACUGUAUUUUCAGUGGCUCAUAGUCUUUCUUGUGAGUAUAGAUUGCUUACAUCGAUUUUCUUAUUUCCUACAAA